GCAGCACCACUACACGAGCGCCUCUUUCACUGAUCAGCCAAGCAGCAUAGCAUCAGCUGCAGAAUGGCAACCCUUGACCUGCAAUGCCGCUGUGUCCAACAACCCUUCAUGCGGCUCAUUCCUCUAUGUCACUCCUCGAGGGCGUACUCUGUCAGAGGUAGUCUCCGUAUUCAACGGGAAUGCAUCUCUCAUCCAGCCUAUCAAGCGACUCUCUGGUUCAGAGGACCUGUUGGUGGGCGUGGCGUGCAAGUGCGAGGCUAUCAACGACACCAUGACGGCUUUUUUCCAUGACACUCAGUAUGAAGUGGAGCCGGGUGAUACACCUGACAACGUCAAGAGCAACAACUUCAGCGGGCUUGCCAUGAACGUUGGUGAUGGUAGGACACUGAUAGCUGGGACGACGAUCGCGGUUCACCUCCCAUGCGGGUGUUCGUCGACAGCACCAGAGGGAGUGCUGUCUUACUCUGUGCAGGAGGAAGAUACCCUGAGUACUAUUGCAAGCUUGUUCAGUUCAAGGCAACAGGAUAUCUUGAACUUGAAUCCCAUCCUGAGAAAUGCUGAUUUCAUCAGAACAGGAUGGAUCUUGUUCAUCCCGAUGGGAGUUGCUGGUUCUUCUAAGAAAGGGAUUGGUAGUAUGCGAAUCAUAAUAGCAGCAUCCGUAUCAGCUGCAGUACUGCUCUUCUGCGUCUUAGCUGUCAUCCUUCGCCGGAGAAGGAGGUCUUCUCAGCACAACGUUGAAGCGCCUGAAAUAAAAAUGGAGAGGGCUCCCAGCAACACCAGCAUCGCUGCACUGGAGAGCCGCUUCUUUCCAACCAUGAGAACUAAUGAUACUGACCCGUUCCAAACAGAGAGGCCUGUCAUUUUUAGUUUGAAACAAGUUGGAGAUGCAACAGCUGAUUUCAGUGAGAAGAGAAAGAUCGGUGAGGGAGGAUAUGGCAGCGUUUACCUUGGUUUCAUAGGAGCACAUGAAAUUGCAAUCAAGAAGAUGAAAGCAAGCAAAUCGAAGGAAUUCUUCGCUGAGCUGAAAGCUCUGUGCAAAGUACAUCACAUAAACGUGGUUGAGUUGAUAGGUUAUGCUGCUGGGGAUGAUCACCUGUACCUUGUGUACGAAUAUGUGCAGAAUGGAUCACUUACUGACCAUCUGCAUGAUCCGUUGCUGAAAGGUCACCAACCUCUUUCAUGGACUGCAAGAACACAAAUAGCAUUGGACGCAGCGCGCGGCAUUGAGUACAUCCAUGAUCAUACUAAGGCCUGCUAUGUGCACCGCGACAUCAAGACAAGCAAUAUUCUGCUCGACAAUGGAUUAAGAGCUAAAGUUGCAGACUUCGGACUGGUGAAGCUUGUUGAGCGUAGUGACGAAGAGGAAUUCGUGGCAACUCGUCUAGUUGGAACGCCAGGAUACCUUCCACCCGAGUCAGUUCUUGAACUUCACAUGACUACCAAGUCUGAUGUGUAUGCGUUUGGAGUAGUUCUUGCAGAGCUCAUCACUGGACUCCGCGCGCUUAUCCGGGAUAACAAAGAAGUCAACAAGACAAAGUCAAUAACAUCAAUUAUGAGGGAAGUCUUCAAAUCAGAAGACCUAGAGAGGUCGUUGGAAACAAUUAUAGAUCCCAACCUGAAGGACAGCUACCCCAUAGAAGAAGUGUGCAAGAUGGCAAAUGUUUCGAUGUGGUGCCUGAGUGAGGAUCCAUUGAACCGGCCUGAGACGAGGGACAUCAUGUCAACUCUGGGUCAGAUCCAUCUCGCCUCUAUCGAAUGGGAGGCAUCGCUUUGUGGUGACGGUGAAGUGUUUAGCGGUGUUUCCUACGGUAGAUGAAUCAAUCAGCUGCUAUGGUUGUAUUAAUUAUUGCAUCAUGUCAACACAAUCGUAAAUAUAUCCUUAAGGGCUAGCUAGUCAAAGAUAACUAUGCAUGCUGGUCGUCACCUGCUGUUAUUGUCAACGCCAGUGGUCGCUGCUAUGUGCAUAUUAUAUAAAUAAUUUUCACCUGUC